CACGCAGCGGUGGUGCUGAAGCUGAACAAGAUGGCUGUGUGUUGGGGACCGGAGAGCUGAGAGCGAAGGGGUGAAAGAGUCUCAGAUAUAAGCAGUCAGCUCAUUCAAACCAGAGCGACAGGACGGCGGAGCUGGCGUUCACCCUGCAACUGUGAAAACUUUCAUUUUGAUCAGCUGUAGCGAAUCCUGUCGGGCUCUGGUCCUGCUCGCUGGCGACGGCAGGCUUCUCCAUCUCCCGCCCAGCCAUUCAUCCCCGGACUGUAUACUGCACAGAUUAGCUCUGCCAGUUAGGAAGCUGGAUCCUGUACUAAAGGCGCAAAUAAGAGAUGUCAUUGCUGUGUGUUGGAGUGAAAAAAGGCAAGCUUGAUGGACCACAAGAGAAAUUCAACACAUACGUGACCCUGAAGGUGCAGAAUGUUAAGAGCACAACCAUCGCUGUCCGUGGCAGUCAGCCAUGUUGGGAGCAGGACUUCAUGUUUGAAAUAAACCGCCUUGAUCUGGGCCUCACAGUGGAGGUGUGGAACAAGGGGCUGAUCUGGGACACCAUGGUGGGCACCUUAUGGAUCCCCCUGCGCAGCAUACGGCAGUCCAAUGAGGAGGGACCGGGUCAGUGGCUGACCCUCGACUCCAAUGCGAUCAUGGCUGAGAACGAGAUCUGUGGAACCAAAGACCCGACCUUUCAUAGGCUGCUGCUCGACACACGCUUUGAGCUGCCACUAGACAUCCCAGAGGAAGAGGCCAGAUACUGGGCGAAGAAACUUGAACAACUUAAUGCCAUGAGAGAUCAAGAUUACGCCUAUCAGGAAGAGCAGGAGCGACCACUACAUGCACCAUCCACACAGUGCUGUAAUUGGAGUCUGUGGGGAGAUCAACAAAACGAGGACCCAGACAGCGCAGUGGAUGACAGGGACAGCGACUACCGCAGUGAGACCAGUAACAGCAUCCCACCUCCUUACUACACCACCUCCCAGCCCAAUGCUUCCAUGCACCAGUAUCCCAUGAGGCACCAGCACCACAGACACUCCUACACUGACGACAUCAAUGAGCUGGACUAUGAUCACAGAGCUAUGAGACGCUAUGAUAGUUUAGACUCGGCCACCAACGGGCGCAGUGAUAUCGACUCAGGCUCAGGGUCGAGCCGGCGCACCAGUCGUCAGUAUUCUCUAGACAGUAGGCACUCGCUGUCCGAUAGUCCCACAGACAGUCGUUACGCUUCGUCGGGCGAGCUGAGUCGAGGCAGCUCGCAGCUCAGCGAGGAGUUCGUUCCCGAGGACGGUGAAAGCUUGAGAGGUUCGGAAUUCUACGAUGAGAACGACUCCUAUCAUUCCUGCCACUCUUCGGUCAGCUACGGCAAGGAAGAUUCCCCAGGUUGGGAUGGUGAGGAUCACCAAGGCAUCUACAGCGAUGAGGGAGGCUACCUCAAAGAUGGAGGGGAGGAGGGGGCUCUGUAUGACGAAGAAGAGGGAGACAUGUAUGGGGAGGAGGGAGAUUACAACUAUGAGGAGGAGGAGGAGAUGUCAUAUAAGGAAGAUGAAGAAAUGUAUCCACUGGAUGGCACACUGAGUGAAGACCAGGAGCCUCCCUAUACCCCCACACCCACAAGCACUGCCCCCACCUUGAUGCCCCCUUCUGAUGGUCUUUCCUCCACCAGGCCGCCGUUGGAGAAGCAGACGUCGCUGCAUCAGCAGCGACUUGCCCAGGAUCGGCCUCAGUCUCCCAGCACGGCUGCUGCCCUACCUCCGGUCUCACAGGACAGCACAAUGGCCCCUUCUCUUGCAGAUUCCACCAAGCCUCCCUUUGCACCCACACAGCAGGAUCUCUUUGGCACAACUACAACUACACCCACCCCCACAACUACAUCACAGGUUCCAGCUCCAGACAGCAAGCCUCUGGAGCCUGAGCCCAAAUCUGAAGUGCCAAAGGAGGAACCUCAGCCCCCCGAGCUUCCUCGGGCAACAGAGAGUGUCCCUCUGGCUCUUGAACAGAAGAAAGAGGAGCCUCCUGUUGCAAGCUUCCCAAAAAGGGAAAUCAUGGAGCCCGGUCCUGCCAGAGCUAAAGCCAACUGGCUUCGACUUUUCAGCAGAGUACGACUACAACUACAAGAGGCCCGAGGAGAAAGUGUUGGCAUUGCCUCUCUGCUUUUGUCAGCAGGGAUGGGUGGUGCUCUGUAUAGUAUUGACAGCAUGCCAGACCUCAGGAAGAGAAAAGCAAUGCCUCUGGUCAGCGAUCUGGCUAUGUCCUUGGUCCAGAACUCCAGGAAGGCGGGCAUCACCUCAGCCCUGACAUCAAGUACCCUACAUAAUGAAGAACUGAAGAGUCAUGUCUAUAAGAAGACCCUCCAGGCCCUCAUAUAUCCUAUUUCCUGCACCACCCCACACAACUUUGAGGUGUGGACAGCCACCACACCCACGUACUGCUAUGAAUGUGAGGGACUCCUCUGGGGUAUUGCUCGCCAGGGCAUGCGCUGUACUGAGUGUGGGGUGAAAUGCCACGAGAAGUGCCAGGAUCUACUCAACGCCGACUGUCUGCAAAGAGCGGCAGAGAAGAGCUCCAAGCACGGCGCCGAGGACCGAACUCAAAAUAUUAUCAUGGUUCUUAAGGAUCGCAUGAAGAUCCGUGAGAGGAACAAACCAGAGAUCUUUGAACUCAUUCAGGAAGUGUUCACCGUCCUCAAGUCCACACAUGUCACCCAGAUGAAGCAGAUCAAACAGAGCGUGCUCGAUGGCACCUCUAAAUGGUCGGCCAAGAUCAGCAUCACAGUGUUGUGUGCCCAGGGUCUACAAGCCAAGGAUAAAACUGGUUCCAGUGAUCCGUAUGUAACCGUCCAGGUUGGAAAGACGAAAAAGAGGACCAAGACCAUCUAUGGCAACCUCAACCCCGUCUGGGAGGAGACAUUUAAUUUUGAAUGUCACAACUCUUCAGACCGCAUCAAGGUGCGAGUGUGGGAUGAAGAUGAUGACAUUAAGUCUCGUGUGAAGCAGAAGUUCAAACGAGAGUCCGACGACUUCCUCGGUCAAACCAUCAUCGAGGUCCGCACUCUGAGCGGAGAGAUGGACGUCUGGUAUAAUCUGGACAAACGUACUGACAAAUCCGCUGUGUCUGGGGCCAUCCGCAUGCACAUAAGUGUAGAGAUCAAAGGCGAGGAAACGGUUGCUCCGUAUCACGUUCAGUACACCUGUCUGCACGAGAAUCUCUUCCAUUAUGUGACGGACAUCCAGAAUAAUGGUGUGGUGAAGAUUCCUGACGCCAAAGGGGAUGAUGCAUGGAAAGUGUACUUUGAGGAAACUCCCCAGGAAAUCGUAGAUGAGUUUGCCAUGCGUUAUGGAGUCGAGUCCAUCUACCAGGCUAUGACCCAUUUUGCCUGCUUGUCAUCUAAGUACAUGUGCCCAGGUGUGCCUGCAGUGAUGAGUACCCUGCUGGCAAACAUCAAUGCCUACUACGCCCACACCACCCAGGCAACCAACAAUGUCUCUGCCUCUGACCGCUUUGCUGCUUCUAAUUUUGGGAAAGAGCGAUUUGUCAAGCUCCUCGAUCAGCUUCAUAACUCUCUGAGGAUCGACCUGUCCAUGUACCGGAACAACUUCCCGGCCAGCAGUCCUGAGAGACUGCAGGACCUCAAGUCCACAGUGGAUCUGCUCACCAGUAUAACCUUCUUCAGAAUGAAGGUCCAAGAGCUCCAGUCGCCACCCAGAGCCAGUCAGGUAGUGAAGGACUGUGUCAAAGCCUGUCUCAACUCCACCUAUGAAUACAUCUUUAAUAACUGCCAUGAGCUCUACAGUCGCGAGUAUCAGGCAGACCCGGCCAAGCAGGGUGCUGUGCCCCCAGAGGAGCAAGGACCCAGCAUCAAAAACCUCGACUUCUGGUCCAAGUUUAUCACACUUAUCGUCUCAAUCAUUGAGGAAGACAAGAACUCUUACACUCCUUGCCUAAAUCAAUUCCCUCAGGAGCUCAAUGUGGGUAAAAUCAGCGCGGAAGUUAUGUGGAACUUAUUUGCUCAGGAUAUGAAGUAUGCAAUGGAAGAGCAUGAAAAAAACCGCCUGUGCAAGAGUGCAGAUUACAUGAACCUGCACUUCAAGGUCAAGUGGCUGUACAACGAGUACUGCAAGGACCUGCCCUUCUUCAAGAGCAGAGUGCCUGAAUAUCCUGCGUGGUUUGAGCCAUUUGUCAUCCAGUGGCUGGAUGAAAACGAAGAAGUGUCUCGUGACUUUCUGCACGGUGCUUUGGAAAGAGACAAAAAAGAUGGGUUCCAGGUCACAUCGGAGCAUGCUCUGUUCUCCUGUUCGGUUGUGGAUGUCUUUUCCCAGCUCAACCAGAGCUUUGAGAUCAUCAGGAAGUUAGAGUGCCCAGAUCCGCAGAUUGUAGGACACUACAUGAAGCGCUUCGCCAAGACCAUCAGCAAUGUGCUUCUGUCCUAUGCUGACAUCAUCUCAAAGCUGUUUGCCAACUAUGUCACCAUGGAGAAAGUGCCCUGCAUCCUGAUCAACAACAUCCAGCAGCUGAGGGUGCAGCUGGAGAAGAUGUUUGAAGCCAUGGGUGGAAAAGAUCUGUGUGUUGAAGCUAGUGAUAUCCUGAAGGACCUGCAAGUCAAACUCAACAAUGUCAUGGAUGAUCUCAGCAGGGUCUUUGCUGUCAGUUUCCAGCCUCAUAUUGAGGAAAAUGUUAAGCAGAUGGGAGACAUCUUGGCUCAGGUUAAGGGAACCUCAAAUGUGGGAAAUGCCAGCAGCGUGGCCCAGGACGCUGACAAUGUCCUGCAGCCAAUCAUGGAGUUCCUGGACAGCAACCUGACUUUGUUUGCUAAGAUCUGUGAAAAGACUGUGCUGAAACGUGUGUUGAAGGAGCUGUGGAAGCUGGUGAUGAACACCAUGGAGAAGACCAUCGUUCUGCCACCGCUCACAGACCAAACGAUGAUUGGGAGGCUGAAGAGUGCUUCUCACAGCGAUGGCACUCAGCUCAUCUUUAACGCUGCCAAGGAGCUCGGACAGCUGUCCAAGCUGAAGGAGCACAUGGUUCGUGAGGAGGCCAAAGCGCUAACACCCAAGCAGUGUGCUGUGAUAGAGUUGGCUCUCGACACCAUCAAGCAAUAUUUCCAUGCUGGUGGUGUGGGUCUGAAGAAGACAUUCCUGGAGAAGAGUCCUGACCUUCAGUCUCUCCACUACGCCCUGUCCCUUUACACGCAGGCCACAGACAAACUCAUAAAGACCUUUGUCCAAUCGCAGAACGCUCAAGUGUUCGGCGGGAAGGGGGUGAGAUUCACCACUAGUGAGGAUGUUUACCCAGAAAAGGGCUCUGGGGUGGACGAUGCUGUAGGAGAAGUGUCCAUCCAUGUGGAGAUUUUCACUCACCCGAACACCGGAGAGCACAAAGUCACAGUGAAAGUGGUCGCUGCAAAUGACCUGAGGUGGCAGACGCAGGGAAUAUUCCGGCCUUUUGUGGAGGUCUAUAUCAUCGGCCCUCACCUCAGUGACAAAAAGAGGAAGUACGCCACGAAGUCAAAGAACAACAGCUGGGCUCCCAAAUACAACGAGACCUUCACUUUCACCCUGAGUAAUGAGGUGGGUCCUGAGUGCUACGAGCUGCAGGUGUGCGUGAAGGACUACUGCUUUGCUCGAGAGGACCGCACCGUGGGCAUGGCUGUCCUUCAGCUGAAGGACGUGGCCCCUAAGGGCAGCGCCGCCUGCUGGCUGCCGCUGGGUAAACGCAUCCACAUGGAUGAGACGGGACUGACCGUCCUGCGCAUCCUCUCCCAGCGCAACAACGACGACGUGGCCAAGGAGUUCGUCAAGCUCAAGUCCGACCAGCGCUCUGCUGAGGAGGGCCGUAGCUAGGGGGCCAAAUCGCAGUUUAAAAUGCCACGUCAGGAACUCGAAUCUGCCCAGGAGCUCUCCUGAGCCACUGCAAGCCACUGCCCCGAUUAUCCAGUGUUGUAAAAGCACACAUAAGACAAGAGUCGCCACACAUACUGUAAAUACAUUUAUUUCAGUGGAAAUGACAGAGUGCGAAGCAAAGCAUCACUCGUUUUCUGAAAACGCACCAGUGUCUUUAUUGUUACUGACUUCAUCAAACAUGUUUUUGAUUCAGUUAUACAUAGAGUUUAAUCUUAGAGCAUAUAACUACUUUCCUCUAAUCCCAGAGGAGAGCCAUGCCAUCCCACGCACACACGCACACCUCACUUGACUGGUCAGAGUGAGAAAUAUCUUGUAGCCUUUAAUAUUUUGGCUUUCUUUCUCACUCUUUCUCUGCCUUUUUAACCUUACCCUCAACUUUACCGAUCCCCAGCUCCUCUCGUCCCUUCCCUAGUUUGCAACCACUUAGAGAAGGGACCGCAAGUGCCAACAAGGAAUUGCUCAAAUAUGCCAAGACCAGCCCUAAGCACAACCGGACCAACUGUCCACUUGACCCGUAAACAACUACAACGGCUGCAGCCUCAAACAUUCCAGAUAUUGGGUGGGGAAGACAUACAGGGAACAAAGCACUAUUUAGUUAUGAUGAGUUUAAUAUUUAUUUACUUUUUUCUUCCAGAUUAUAUCUAUAUUUUAAUAAUUCUAUAUAUCAUCACAUAUAUAUAUAUAUAAACUAUUAAGGACAUAUGUAAAGAUAAAUACAGGAUUGUU